GUGUGAAUUUCCGACCUGUCUGUGACAGCAGUCCGUGUCUGUUUUCCGCUUUGAGGAUCUGCCAGCGAGCAAGUGAACCGUUCUCUUUCUUGUUCUCCCUCAAGAGAGAUGAUCAAAAGAGCCGGAGCACAGUGAACAGCUGAAGCGAUGGAGAGAUGCUUCCUCUCUCCUGUUGCCCGACUGGCCACCCUCUGCUGCCUCUUGGUUGCAGUGGCCACUCGCCCCGUGUCAUGUGACGGGGGCCAGAAGAAGGGAGCAAAGCGAGAGGGCGAAAAGGAGCAGGUGAGGGCGACACAGAGAGGCCCGUUCUCACCUCAGCUGUCCGUCACGACCCAGGCCACUCCCACCCCCCUCUGGGCAGUCGUCUGGGGUCCGACGGAGCCGGCCGAAGACGAGACGAGCCAGUUUUUGUCUGGCGAAGGGAUGGAUGCUCCUGAGAUGGUCACCAAGCAUGGGCAACAGCACCAGAGCUCUCCAACCACGGGACCCCAGCAACCCCUGCUGGGGGAGCAAGAUGGAGGAGGCCAAAGGAGUGGAGAGGGCGUGGUCCAUGGGGAGCCAGAAGAAGUCGAUCCUCAGGUCUAUGUCACAGUGACCAUUUCCUCACUGUUAAUUGUGUCUGCAAUCGUCAUAACUGCCAAACUCUGUUAUGACCGCAGAAACUCCUGGCAACCUCCCCCUCUCUCCCAUGGCAUGUCGCCCUCUCUCUCCCUCUCUCUCCCAUGUUCCCUCACUCCCGAGGGAAGCAGGCAGAUGCUGCAGAGAUCUCCCUCCGACAGAAACAGAAUGCCUGAGGUGAAUCUCUGAGAAGAAGCAGAAGACCAUUCUAGAUUAUUCCAUUUCUAUGUAGCAUUUCAAUCAAUACGUGUCACAUAGAAACUGUGUGUAUUUUUUUCUGACUCCUUGAAAUGUAACCAUUUACCAUAUACUUAGUACUGCAAAGAUCUCAAAUGAUCAUACUGCUGUUGGUU